AGCCAAAAUUCCCCUGAAACAGGAAGAGCACCUUAUCGAAAAUAGAAGUUAAAUUCCUACAGAUAAUCGAUUAACUCAGGCAAAGUAGGAUUUGGCUGUGGAUUGGCUUGGGCGGCCUCAUCAGUCAGCAGGGUAGAGGACGCCAAAGCGCAACCAUCCCCAAACCCACCUAUUUCCUGAAAAACCCUAAAUGCCUUCACACAUUUCCAUGGCGAAACCAUAAUAUUUAUUGAGAAACAAAGUUAGCCCGGAUUUUGUUUACGAAAAAAAGUGAACCCAGAUUAUAAAAAAGGAGAAAAGAAUUUGUUUUUUAGUUUUUUUUGGUUGUCGGGUUUUUGGGAGAUGUCGGAGAUCGAGGUGGUUGAAGAAGUUUUGCCAUUGAAGCAAUCCGGUGACGUUGUAGCGAAUGGAAAUGGAUACAGGGGAGGGAAUAAUGGGGUUAUAGGUGUUUCUCAUGAUGAGAACUUGAGGAACGAUGUCUACACCGCUGCUACUUAUGGGGAUUUGGAGAAGCUCCAAAGGUUGGUUGAAUAUGAGGGUUGCUCUCUUACCGAGACUGAUGGCCUUGGUUACUAUGCCCUUCAGUGGGCAGCUUUGAAUAAUAGAACCGCCGCUGCUCAGUACAUCAUCGAGCAUGGUGGAGAUGUACAUGCGACGGAUCAUAAUGGGCAGACGGCCUUGCACUGGAGUGCAGUCCGCGGUGCAAUACAAGUUGCUGAGCUAUUACUCCAAGAGGGUGCUGCAGUGGAUGCUGCUGACAUCAAUGGCUACCAGAUAGCACAUGUUGCUGCACAAUAUGGUCAAACUGCUUUUCUCUAUCAUGUUGUUUCAAAAUGGAAUGCUGACCCCGAUGUCCCUGAUAAUGAUGGGCGAAGCCCUUUGCACUGGGCUGCUUAUAAAGGUUUUGCUGAUUGCAUACGUCUUCUUUUAUUUCUUGAUGCACAUAGAGGGCGUCAGGACAAAGAAGGUUGCACUCCUCUCCAUUGGGCAGCUAUUAGGAGUAAUCUAGAAGCUUGCACAGUCUUAGUACAGGCUGGCAAGAAGGAGGACUUGAUGGUCACUGAUAAUGGUGGCCUCACACCUGAACAGCUUGCUUCUGAUAAAAAUCACAGAGAAGUUGCUAUCUUCCUUGGUAAUGCUAGAAGGUUGUAUGAAAAAGGAUGUGGUCGGAACAACAGUUUUGGACAACUUUCUAAAUUAAGACUUGCACCAAUUCUUUGGUGCAGUAGCUUGCUACUAAUGGUGACAUAUAUUCAAUCUGUCUUAAUGGCUCCAUAUCUGCCAAGGUUGACAGCUGGGUUUGGCCUUCUGGCAUGGUCGGGUGUUUUCCUAGCAUCUGCCGGUUUGGUUUUGUUUUAUAGGUGUAGCAGAAAGGAUCCCGGUUAUAUCAGGAUGAAUGUCCAUGAUCUUCAAAAUAUGAAAGAUGAUGAACCGUUAUUGAAGAUUGAGAGAAAUAAUCCUGCUUUACUAGCUGGAAAUUGGUCUCAGCUUUGUGUGACAUGCAAGAUUGUCAGACCUCUUCGCGCAAAACACUGCUCCAUUUGUAAUCGUUGUGUUGAACAAUUUGACCAUCAUUGUCCUUGGGUAUCAAAUUGUAUUGGCAAGAAAAACAAAUGGGAUUUUUUUCUUUUCCUUGUUUUGGAAGUAUCAGCAAUGUUGAUUACUGGUGGAGUUACUAUUACAAGAAUCUUGACAGAUCCAAUGGCUCCAUCGUCAUUUUUACAAUGGAUGAACCAUGCUGGUAUUCAUCAUAUCAGUGCUAUAUCAUUUUUGAUUAUGGAUUUCCUCCUCUUCUUCGGUGUGGCAUCGUUAACCGCUGUACAGGCUUCGCAGAUAUCACAGAAUAUAACCACGAAUGAAAUGGCGAACGUAAUGCGCUAUAGCUACCUCAGGGGUGCAGGUGGUCUAUUCAAAAACCCGUAUGAUCAUGGAUGCUGCAAGAACUGCACAGAUUUCCUGUUCAAAGGCUAUAAUGAAGACGUGGAGGCCUGUGAAGAUAUAGAACAUUCUAAAGGAAUUGGGGUAGCACAAAUGCUGAGGAAUUUGAAGUUACAAAAUGGUGAUUCGCAGUCUCGCAAACAGAAUGGCCAUCUUGCUAUAAAUGCCAAUUCUAGCAACACCAUUGCACACAUUCAUCCUUCCAACUGCAAACACAGUCACCAUAGCAAGUCAAGAACUUAGAGAGUGCUUCUGGGGUUGGGUCUUGGUCAUGGUCUUGAACGGAGUAGUCCCUGUUCUGUCACGACAUCACGAUAAUCAUGUCCAGCACAAGCUGGAAUUGAUGUGCAGCAUAAUGUAAGCGUUAUUUUCCCCGGGGCUUUCUUUUGGCAUCUUUUGUUUGAUUUCGCCUUUCCAAGUUGAGAGCAGAGCAAACGUACAUGCUGAGAAUAUAAACACAUUGAUUAUAAGUUAAUUAAAUUGAUAAAUAACGAUCGUUCCUUAAGAAAA